UCCGAAUUAAGUAAUUAUAUUGAAGAUUUGAAGGAAUUAUUAAACAAACAAAAAGAAAAAUGAAAUCGAGGGGGGCGUGGAACCUGGUUCGGGUAGCAUUGCUCCGCUGGGCCAGGGAGGGAUCGGGUUUCAGGAGCAGGGCGCAACAGCUCGCCGUGAAGUUCGUCAAGAGCCUCCACGGCCGCCGCUCCCGCCGCCGCCGGCUCGAUUCGUCCUACGCCGCACUCCGUCGCGGCGAGCGCCAGUUCUCCUUCGGCAGCACUCCCGUCGCCCGCCGUCCCGCUCCCUUGCGGCUCAAGCUGCCUCGCAUUCCCUGCAUCGGCGAUCCCCGCGUGGAUUUCGAUUUCCGGAGCACCGACGAAGACGAUGAUUAUACGAUGGAGUCUCGCGAAUACGGCAGUUCCGAUCAUUCCGGUUUCUUCGAGGAGAGUUCGGCGACGGAUGAUUACGGCGGCGAUGAAAUUGAUCAGAAGGCGGAGCAGUUCAUAGCCAGCUUCUACGAGCAAAUUAAGCUGCAAAGGCAGAUUUCAUAUCUGCAGCGCCAUUCUGAAUUGCUUUCAAUUUCAACCUCACCUAGUUGAUUGAUUGAUUGAUUAAUACUCCUAUUAAUUCCAUUAAUCUUAUCCAUAAUUUGAUGUAAACGUUCGUAAUCUUUGUAUGUAUAUAUCAAAAACGAUAUUGGUAUAAUACUUUGUAGUUCAUAGCUCUUUGUAUGAGACGGAAGCGAUUAUUGUACAACCGGUUGUAUCCAAACUUGGGUACAGGAAGAGACGGGGAAGGCCGAGUGAGGUUGCGAUCAAUGGAGAUCCAACACCCAGACUGUAGCGGCAAUGACUUUGGUAGCGGUGAUCUAACCCUAGCCAACAGUUCCUCAGAAGCCGCGAUUCCCUCCGAUGUGGUGGUUUGAGACGAGAACUUUGGGCUCCUUUACAAUGAACACUACAUUGCUUUAAAAUAAAUAUUAUUUUAUUUGAGAAUGAAUAUUAUGUUGUUUC